AUGUAUUCAGACAAGGUUUGGCUUACAGUUCGCAAGUUCCAUAGCAAAAGGAUCAAGCAAACUUUUACAAGCAGCAUAACAUACCACAACACGACAGCAACAUCAGAUAAAGAAAAAGCAGACUUAUUUGCGGAUUACUUCGAAAAUGAUGUCUACUCUUACACUGAUGAUACACUGCCAUUUCAUGAUCAAGUAACAAGUCAAGCAACCAACAUCAAGAACAAACACAUAACCUCUUUAAACACACCCAAGUGGAAACAAAUUACAAUAGAAGAAGUUAAAUAUCAUAUUAAACAACUUCGUAAUAGCUCAGCUGGUCCAGACAACAUUCAUAAUAGGUGUUUGAAAAACUCUUCAGAAUUACUUAUUCAGCAUUUAACUAAGCUGUUCAAUCAAAUUCUGAAGCAAGGUUAUAUUCCAACGAAGUGGAAAACGGCUAACAUUAUACUUAUAAUGAAACCGAAGAAAGACAAGCAACAUCCGGCUAGUUAUCGACCGAUUCGUCUCCUUAGUUACUUAGGCAAACUAUUGGAGAAAAUAAUCAAACAACGACUAAUACUUGAACUCGAACGAAGAAACAUCUUACCAGAACAUCAAGCCGGCUUUAGACCAGGAGAAAGCACAAUUUACAACAUUCUGCGAUUAGAACGAUACACUCAGAAUCAACUUCGAUGUGCUCGAAGGCACUCAGCGGUAAUUCUAUUCGAUAUCAAAGGUGCAAUUGAUUCAGUAUGGCAUGACGGUCUUAUAUACAAAUUAAACGAUCUUAGAUUCCCCAAGUACAUCAUCAACUACUUAACAUCAAUUCUUAAAGAUCGAACCGCAUCAGUCGAAAUUGAAAAUGUCCUAUCCAGACAAUUCAACUUAAAGAACGGUACUCCACAAGGAUCUCCAUUAUCACCACUACUAUAUAUUAUAUAUACAGCAGAUUCGAUGAAUGAUAUACCGACUCAUACAGAACAUAGACAAUUCGCUGAUAAUACAGCACUCUGGACGUCAUUGAACACCAUGACAUAUUUAUCAUCCAGAUUACAACAAUCCGUAGAUGCAUUCGAAAGUUGGUGCAAGUCAUGGAAAUUAAAAUUGCAACCAACUAAAACAGAAAUGAUCCACUUCACCAUUCAUCCAAGGAAGAAGUAUAAACAUUCAGUGGAAGUUAAACUUGAUAACACAACUAUUAAACCACUGGAUCAUACAUGA